ACCUUCAUCCCCUCUCAGGCGUCCUUCUUUUUUCAAAGGAGGGGGCCACCCCAGCGGCGGUCCCUCAGUACCCGUGCGGCGGGACGCGGAGCGCCGCGGGGCCGAGCCGGCAGUGCCGGGCUGGGCAGCAGCGGGCGGGGCCGUGCGGCCGGGGCGUGCCCGGCGCUCCCGCGCGGCGGCGAUCCCGGUCCCGCUCCUGAUUCUGAUCCCGCUCCCGCUCCCGCUCCCGCUCGGUCCCGCGGCCGCGGGGCUGGUGCUUGGGCGGCACCGCUCCCGGCGUGGUGCAGGGGCAGAGCGGCAGCAGCAGCAGCGCAAACACACGCGCAAGCAUGCCGGGCAGCGACACGGCGCUCGCCGUGGACAGGACGUACUCGGACCCCGAGCGGCACCGGCGCUGCAAGACGAGGGUGGAAAGACAUGACAUGAAUACUCUGAGUUUACCACUUAACAUCCGCCGUGGAGGUUCUGAUACCAACCUGAACUUUGAUGUACCAGAUGGGGUCCUAGAAUUUCACAAAGUCAAACUCAAUGCAGAUAGCUUGAAACAGAAAAUCCUCAAGGUUACAGAGCAAAUCAAAGUUGAACAAACAGCUCGAGAUGGAAACGUGGCUGAGUAUUUGAAACUGGUGAACAGUGCAGACAAGCAACAGGCUGGGCGCAUUAAGCAAGUCUUUGAGAAAAAGAACCAGAAAUCUGCCCACUCCAUUGCCCAGCUGCAGAAGAAAUUGGAACAGUAUCACAAAAAGCUCAAGGAUAUUGAACAAAAUGGAUCUUCCAAAGCUACCAAGGAUACUUCCAAAGAUAACUUGAAAGAUGUUCAGCAUGGAAAGUCUCGUAGCACUGGGCACGGAACAGAGAGCAGCAAGUCGGGUGUGCCGGGUGUAUCUCUGACACCACCUGUCUUUGUUUUCAGCAAGUCUAGAGAGUUUGCCAACCUGAUCCGAAACAAAUUUGGAAGCGCAGACAACAUUGCUCAUCUCAAAAAUACCCUGGAUGAAUUUCGGCCAGAAACGAGUUCUAGAACCUAUGGGGGCAGCGCCACCAUUGUUGCCAAACCGAAAUAUGUUAGUGAUGAUGAAUGUUCAAGUGGGACCUCUGGAUCAGCAGACAGCAAUGGGAAUACUCCCUUUAGUCCUGCUGUGGCAACUACCCUGGACAGCCAAGGAAAGCUUUCCAUGAUUUUGGAGGAACUAAGGGAAAUCAAGGAGACACAGUCCCAAUUAGCUGAUGAUAUUGAGAAUUUAAAAACCCAAUUUAAAAGAGACUAUGGCUUUAUUUCUCAGAUGCUACAAGAGGAAAGAUAUAGAUAUGAGAGAUUGGAAGACCAGUUAAAUGACCUCACGGACCUUCAUCAACAUGAGACAGCAAAUUUGAAACAAGAGCUAGCCAGCAUAGAGGAGAAGGUGGCGUAUCAGGCCUAUGAGCGAUCACGAGAUGUUCAGGAAGCCUUGGAAUCAUGCCAGACCCGGGUUUCCAAACUGGAGCUCCAUCAGCAAGAACAGCAAGCACAGCAGUCUGAAACAGUUAAUGCCAAAGUACUCCUGGGGAAGUGUAUAAAUGUUAUCCUGGCCUUCAUGACUGUCAUCUUAGUGUGCGUUUCUACUAUUGCAAAAUUCAUUGCUCCUAUGAUGAAGAGCCGUUUUCAUAUCAUCUGCACUUUUUUUGCAGUGACUCUGCUGGCAAUAUUUUGUAAAAACUGGGAUCAUAUAAUUUGUGCUAUAGAAAGGAUGAUUAUACCAAGAUAAACCUGUUGGACUGGCUGGUUUUUUUUUCUUUUUUUCUUUUAUUUUCUUUUUUUUCCCCCUUUUUUCUUCCCCUCCCUGUUUUUUAAGCACUGUGUGUAUACAAAUUUGGGUGUAAAUAUAUAAAAGUAUACUUGUUGGCAGUCAGUUGCCUGUUCAAUCUGAUUUUGUCUAACUGGCUGUAUCUGUGAUGAACUGCUCACUUAAGUCAGUGUUCUGCCUUAAUCCAAAAGGUUUUCCGCUUUCCAAACCCAUACCCACAAAAGAUGGUAUGAGGGUCUGGGAGGGAUCCCAGCAACUGCAAGUGUCAGGUGUGCUUUUUACUAGGCUGGAGUGCAAAGAGUGUGAUCAAGAGGGAGUGCCAUAAUGUGUAUCAGCUCUGCUAGACUGAUAGUUAAUUUUCUCUCUGAAUCCAACUAGAGUGACAAGCCAAACUAUGCAGUCAUGUGUAUUGAUAGUUCUAAGUUAAUGGGUAUCAUAACAUGGGAUUUUUAGUUUUCGUGACUAACAAAACUUGAUGCUUCUGCUAGUAACUUUUUGCACAGAGUUUAUUGUUUGUAAAUGAGACCAGUGAUGACUAUUGACCACAGUUAGCAGUUGUUCUGUCCUGGCACUGGUCCUUAUCCCAUUCAGGAAACACAUACCUGUGGCAUAAGACUUCCAAAGAUGGCCUGAAAUGAAUUAUAAGAUCCCCAGGCAACUUUGUAAAGGAGUUAAGAAGCAAGUAACUGGUAGGUAAGUUAUCGUCCACACCAAAGCACUCACUUGUUCAAGCCCUGCAACCUGCAAGCAGAAAGAAGUACUGGAGCAGCAGCAUUGAGGUUAGCCUGUGUUAGCACUGAAUUGUUGGGGUGUUCUGACUGAACGCAAAGCAUAGAGGUGGUGGGACCCUGGGUACAGUGGAUUUCUUUCUUCUGUCAGAUUAAAGAAUGUGGCAGAAACAUGAGGGAACAGCUUCUUAGAGGGAGCAGGGAGUUAAACUUCUGUAAAUAUACGAUCAAUAGGCACUCUCAACAAACAUUCCUGAAAAUAAUGUAUUAACAUGCAGUAUCACUAUUAGGAGACAGGGUUGGGUUUAUUUUCCCGCUGGAAUUUAUUUUGCUUGAUUCAAUAACUGCAAAAAAUUUCCCUGAAAUCAGCUUGGCUUUCAGCCAUGAUGCAAAACAAGACCUUUAUUAAAAAUAAACAAACAAACAAAAAAACCCACAAAACAAACCACCACAACCAGAAUUCUUCUCCACUCUCCAUUAAGUGAAAAUACAGUGUCUCUGAUUAUUUGAUGUUCAGUGUUAGUAACUGUGAAAAUAAUUGUCAUUACAUAUUUUCUUUUCAGUUGCAGUAUUUUUUAUGCUGGUAUUAUGGGAGGGAGGGAGGGCACAGUUUGAUUUGUGUAUUUCUUUUUAAUCAAGUGCAAUAGUUGGUGUAGAAUUUGUAAAGAUCUUUUUCUGAGGAAUGGGAGUGGAUGAAGGGAAGGCAGGGAAGAACUCUGACAUUUUACUACAGUCAGAUGAACAGUGAAUAGUUACUAUUUGUGGCUUCAGGAACUAAGGAAAGUACAGAAUUAACUUAAUAAAUAAUGACAUAACUCAAUGUUUAGAAAAUUCUAUUAAAAUACUUACAAAUAUUUAAAGAAUUCUUUAUAUGUCCUAAAUCUUUGCACAGCGAAUCAGGAAGGACUGUGCUGGUUUGCAGUCACUGGAAAUGGAUCAGAUCAGGCACACCCAUGUUAUCUUAACCAGCCCUACCUCAUCUUAAAUGGGAAGUGGAGUGGAAACCAAAACCAAACAAACAAGAGCCCAAACAAGACCAGCAACUGGUUCUGAUCCUAAGAGUGCUGUGACUCUUCAUGGCGUUUUCUUGCCAUCUCUAUUAUAAUCUCCAUUCUUCUCUUCAGCUUGCACAGCCAGCUUCUGCAUUGGCCUCUUGAGAAAAUAGUUUAGCAUUUUGUUAAAUGGGUUCAGAAAGGUAGAUGUGCAAGAAAGGAAUACCAUGUGUUAAUAAUGUUUACAUAAGAAAAAAUUCCUUUGCCUAUUGCAUGAUUAUACAUUUAUAUAAUCCUCCCAUUGCUAUUUUAUGUAGUUGAAAUGUUACAUCAGGCAGCCUCAAAGAUAGGCAGGAAGAAAAAGGUUACAAAGGAUGUUGGUGUGGUAAUUCACAUUCCCUUCACACCUGGGAAUGUGAAGACUUCUGCUCCAAGGGCAUCUUGUUACAACUCUGGAAGAUAACCUCAGUGCAAAAUGAAAGUAGAAUCUAAAAUUUAUGUCUCUACAAAAGAUUGCUCACUGUCUUGACAGAAUCUGACAGGGCCUAAAUUCUAAAUUGGAAACAGGAAGGUCUUGCACUUCCAUAUUGGCUGUACAUGUGGCAGAGGACACAGAAAAAGCUAUAAAGGCUGCAUAAUGCUAGUUAUGUAAACUAAACCUAAUUGGUGAAUGGCUGCAUCUCUUCUCAAGGUUAUUUUCUCUGCUGGGUUUAAAUCACUGAAGGUUGUGACACACAUCAAGAAAAUAAUAAAAAAUGUUAAGUGAAGAGCAAAAGCCUGCUUUUGAGUGAAACUGUUGUAGUUUUGCACAGAGUGAGACUGUAGUGCCAGAUGCUCUGCCACAUGGAAGGCUACCCAAGGAGGGAGGUCACCCAUCCUGCCUUCACUGUCAUAUUUCCUGCCGUGUGCUAACUACAGGUAUGUGGUGACGUCUUCCAUAUGCCAUGUUAGCUCACUAGACUGGAAGAAGAACCUGGCAAAAGAGGUAGAUGGUUCUCCACAUCUAGAGACUUAAAGGGCUGGUAAAAAGGCCUCAUGAGUGUGAAGCUGGGAUUUUAAGGGAGAUGAGCCUUUUUCUUCAUGUUUCAGUGAUCAUCAGCUGUCCCUAAAAAUGGGCUCCAGGCAGACUCUCUGCAGAUUGUUGGGACAACUUCAAUGUAGAAAAGUUCUUCCAGAGUUUUUCCUAGAGGGAACAAACAGCCCCAGCAUGUGGUGGGACAAGCUAGCCAGCUGUGCCCAUACUCGGGAUCAAGAGAAGGCUGGUGCCUAAGUUAGCCUGGGCUGAUGCCUCUGCCAUUAGCAUCACUUCUCCCUUUAGGCUGGGAUUGUAUAUUUUACAUAUUAGUGUGUGUAUCUGGCCUGCAGUCUGAGCUCUGCUUCCUGUGAAAGUAUGCCUAGGCAAAUCCAAAGAACUGCAGUUCUCCUAAUGAGAACUCUGUUCAGCUUCUCAACCAAUUAACCAUGUUCUGUCAGGAUACCAUUUGCUUUUAUAUUUUCAUACAACACAUCAGGCAUUCUUAGGAUACUCUUUACACCUACUCAUCAUGAGCCUCUAACACUCCCACUCAACAAAAAGUUGCCAGACAGUGUCUUUUCUGCUUGGUGCUGCCUGGCAGGCAAGUAUUUCAUUUCACUUUGGUAGUAGUUCUCUGAUGGAAAAGCCCUUCAAUAAGUUGUUAUUGCCUGUUCUAUAGGCUUUUGGCAGCUUUUUGUUUGGAGGUUUCUGGAGAUUUAGUUUCUUAUGAAAGUUAGCACAAUUUUCCUGAUUUCUCCUGUUUCAGCAUUCAGGACAACAUGAGGUUUCCUCUAAAAAUUGUCUAAUGGAUCCCUCUGCUAGCUUCAACUCCAUUAUUGUUGAAAGUUCAGUUAGUGAUUGGCAGGACUGAUCGAGACCCAGUUUAAAUUCUUUCUUCUUUCUGCUUUACAUUAUAUGCAUUCAUGCAACUUCUCACCGUAUUGCACUCCUGUGAUGUCUAUUUGCUCUGAAUUCUUAGAGAGGCACUAAAAAAUUUCACUGCAUUUUAGUUUAAUAUCAAAAUGUUUGUGUUAUGCACUGCCUCUGCUGCAGGACAUCUGUCAGUAUAGAUCUGAUGUCUGCACUCCAGGAAGGGUAUUUAAAAGCCAGUGGUUUCCUGUGAACAAAUAAUGACUGCUUAUCUGGGGAAUAGCAAUGCAAAAGGUGAAGACAAUUUGCUGUAGGAAAGAUACCUGAUCCAUUCACCAGGAGUUGAAGCUAGACAAAUCCAGUGUAAGCAUAAAAUUCAGUUUUGCAAUGAUAAGGGUUGCCAGCUAAUUAUUAGCUACUGAAUGGCAUAAUAAACGAGAAGUCCAACAUUUGAAGUUGAAUUAGUUCAGGCUUAUGUUUGAUACAAAGUUAAGUGCAUAAUAAUAACUAGUGCUUUCUGAAAUCAAAAUCAUUGAACAAGAAAUUUAGGAACAAAACAAGAAAACACAGAAGCUUGUAAUUCAUUCAGAAGGUAUGAGAACCAAUUUUCUUGUUUUUGUUUUGGGAAACCAAGUCCCUUUCCACUAUGACUGAGACAUUUUACUGCUGGAUUCAAUGAUGCAACAGAAGAGAAACAGAUUAAUGUAACUAAACACUUUAAUUUCAAUUGCAGAAUUUAAUCUCUUCUGAAAGUCCAUCUAGGACUAGCAAUCAGGCAAAUUUAUUCUCCACUAUUUUUAAUCAACCAAAUAUAUAUCUGCUUUCUUCAUUCACCAUCAUGCCAGAACAUGGCCUUUUACUACAGGAGAUUAUAAAGGGCUUGCUUUCAGAUAAAGUUGGAAUGGUCUCUGAUGCUAAUCGUGCACAAAGUAUCAGACAAUUUUACAUUGCAACAGUGAAAGACUAAGAAAAGUUUUAUUUAGUCAAUGAAAUUGCUUAUUUUCCCUGAAAAAGCCAGCUGAGAUGAUGCUGUAUAUAAGGACUGCAUGAGGCCAAGUCAAACUGUCCUGUAUGGUUGAUUUGCUGUACGUUUAGCAUAUUAAGUUGUACUGUUGUUCGAAAGUUUUGCACAAAGCCACCUUUCCUUUUUACCCAGGGAACCUGGGUCUGGUAGUAUCAAGGUGUACCAAAAAUUGUCUGCUUUUAUUGAGUAAAGUUAAUUGUCUUGGUGUGUGACCUGCAAUGUUUCUCAUAGUAUUUCCAUUUUGUGCAGCACUGUGGAAAGACUCAACUAUGAAAAUGUAAUUUCUGUAUAUUUGGUUGUGUAGUCAUGACUGCCUCUAAGGUGCCAUUAACAUUUUUUAAAAUAAAAAUAUUUACAUUUAUUUGAUGAUGAAUAUUGUCUCUUAAACUUUGUCUGAUCAAUCAAACCCCUAUUGAUUUUCCUUUCUCAGUAACAAAUUAUUCAAUUGACAGUGGUAAAGUUAACUCAUUGAGCACAAGACCCAGUUUUAAUAUACUGACAAAUCUGAGCAUUCUGCUCCGCUGCAAUUUUGACCAAAACCUGUUGAGUUUCACUUACAGUUGUGACGUGGCAAAACUGCAAACAUUAACCUAGGUAUCAUCAUUGCUUUUAUCUAAAGCUUGUGUGAAAUUUGCCAUGCAAAUGUUGUGCUAUUGUGCCAAGUGGCUGCACUUUGGAUUUUUUUUUUUUUAAAAACUUAGAAUUAGAAGUUUAAGAAGUAUUUUUAUGUUAUUGUCAGAAACCUUGGUCACAUGUGCAAAAAAACCCCAAAAACAACGCAGCUGACAUAAAGCAAAAUGUUUGCCUUUACAAAGCAGGUCUUGUAGCUGGCACUGGCAGCCACUGGGAAUGAUGUUGUUUUUAUUCCAAGAAUAGAGCAGAAACAGUGCCAUAACAGUGCCAAACAGUGCUUUGCAAUCACGUUGUACUUCCUAUUUUCUCCUAUUUGAUGAAAUGGCACAGGGCUGCUGUGUCACCUGCAGACUUUCCAAGAUCUUGUCAUGCUGAGUUUCACAUGGGUUCCUGGAACUUGUUCUAUAUUAAGGCUAGCUCCAUCCCCGAACAGCAGCUUUUCUCACAACCACUAGUGAUUAUGCCCAUUUCUGACAAGGGCUGAAUAAUCCCUGCUAACCAGGCAAACCAGACAUUAAAAAAAAUGCAUCUCACCAUCAGUUCUCUCAGUUGCUCAAAACUCUGGCUUUGGAGACUGCAUAGCACGCCCUGGUAACUGCUUUAACACCCAAAAUUAGAAAGGCAGAGAGUAAAAUACAACAGUUUUGUUUAACAGCACAAAAAGAGAAGUGUCACUUGUCACCAAGAGGCAGCCACUGUGCAGUCAUAGAGAUCACUGUAUGAAACAAAUAACCCUUACCAGCCGUGUACUCUGAAGAUACUUUGUGUUGGUGCCCCAAAAUAACUCCAAGAUCCAAAGCUGUGUGACUGCCAGAAACUAGAUGAAGGCACCCAAGACUUCAUCUGCUGUUAUGCUGCAACUCAUUUGCAACAUCCAGAACUGCUCUGAACUAGCUGGCUGAGGCAGUGCUAGCAGAGCAGUUUAUAAACUUAGUGAUAAAUUCUUCCUGAAUGUCUGUGCUUAUUUCUCUGCUUGUGCUGCUGCAGAAGGUGCAGCAGUCCAACGGCAGGUUCUGCCUCCCCUAGCAACUGGCACUGCAUUGAUGUAAUUGAAAGGAGAAAUUCCCACACUGUAUCCUCUUCAAUUCCUGUUUGGACUGUGACUUAGGUGACAACUCAUUCGUUUUGUGACUUUGCCUAGUGGAUCAAUGCUAUGUCACCUUUUAUGUGUAGCUGACUAGAUUCAGACAGGAGUGGAGAGGCUGAACUACUGGACAGGCUGGUGCAAGUCACUUGUGGAGUUCUGCAGGACUUCCUCCCCUGCCCAGUUCUCUUCAACCUAACUAACAUCUUGGAUGCAGGACUCAAAGGAAUAUUAAAUAAGUUGGCAAAUGACACUAAAUUGGGAGGAGCUGUUGGCUCUUUCGAGGGCAGAGAGAUCCUGCAGAGAGAUCACAACAAAUUAGAGAUGGGCGAUCACCAACCAAAUGAAGCUUAACGAGGGAAAGCACCAGACUGUGCCCCUGGGGCAGGGCAGUCCUGCUUGUGUGUAUAGAAUGGGGAACGAGAGGCAGCAUUGCAGAAAGAGACCUGGGGCUCCUGGUGGAUGGCAAGCUGAACACGAGCCAGCAGUGCCCUGGCAGCCAGGAGGCACCAGACAGCCUGGGGUGUCCUGGGGGAAUCAGGCACAGCAUCACCAGCUGGGCAAGGGAGGAGAUUGUCCCCUCUGCUCUGCACCAGGGCGGCCUCACCUUGAGUGCUGGGGACAGUUCUGGGUGCCACAAUAUAAAACAGACAUUAAACUGUUAGAGACCCUCCAAAGAAGGGACACUAGGAUGGUGAAGAGGCUGGAAGGACAACCUUAUGAGGACUGGCUGAGGUCGCUUGGUCUGUUCAGCCUGGAGAAGAGGCUUCAGUCUCAUGACCAGCAACAGGACUUGAGGAAAUGGCAUGAAAUUGAGUCAGGGCAGGUUUAAGUAGGAUAUCAGGAAAACACUUUUUUAUUCAGAGGGUGGUUGGGACUGGAAGGGGCUCUUCAGGGAAGUGGUCACACCACCAAGACUGUCAGAGCUCACAAAAGGUCUGGACAACCCUCUCAGGCACACUGUGUGACUCUUAAGGUGUCCUGUGCAGGGCCAGAAGUAGGACUCAAUGACCUGAAGAGUGUCUUCCAAGUCAGCAUAUUCCAUGACUCUAUGAUAACUUACACCUUAGGAUAAGGUUGAAGCUGGCCAGUGCUGAGCUUCUGAAAGAAGCACAGACAUGCAUUUGACAGAAACUUUAGGAACUGAGCUUGCAUUGGAUGUAGUCAUGAUCCCUUCAGCUGCUGAGUGUGGUUCUACCCACCUGUGUGUGAAAAUUUGGAAAAAACUCUUUAGUUAUUGUGGCUAGAAUGGAAUCAAUCCAAUGGAAAUGAAAGCACAGUCAGGACUGAAGCCGAUAAUAUAUGAAAACAAUAUACAUGGGAGAAAAACCCUUGUAGCCUAAAAAAUUCCCUUUAUAUUUUACUUUUGAAUACCAUUUUAAUGAGUUGGUACUGGUCAGGAGAACAUCUGUUUCCUCUGUAGUUAUAGGUACUUGGUGAUAAAGACAGAGCAGUACAAGAUAGUGUACAUCCAGGCUGAACACAAUGCUCGUGUGGUCAGCAGUCCCAUAAAACCCAUCUGUCUGAGAAAUAGCUCAAGAAACUGCUUUAGGCUUUUUAUCCACUGAUGUGCUCCAUGCUAAAAAUUGUACUCUGGUCCCACUGAGCUUAAUGGUUAAAACCCCUCUGAGUUUAACUGGGCAAGAUUCAUUAUAGCACUAUGGCACUUAAAAGCAAUUCUGUCUUUUGACUUUUUAAUGCCAAAAAUAUUCAUUUUCUCAGGCAAUCUACCCACCACAGUGUAUGGUUUUAAGUCUCUACCACAAAUUGCACACUACUUAGUCACAGACAUCUCUGCCACGAUUGUAUGGGACGGUGAAGCUAUUUGGAUGCUUUCAGGACCUGCUGACUGAGAUGCUGAGCAGAGCUUGUACUCCCAACACUAAUUCCCCACUUGGCCUCCAUCCUGCCAGGCUGGAUUCAGGUCAAGGUGACAUAGACUAAGCAUGGAUUAAACUGCAGGUAUGACCAGCAGCAUGUGUACACAGCAACAAAACCUUCUCUACAGAUAUGCCCCUGGGCUACAGGAGCUUGAGGAUCUGUCUAAUCUAACAACUAUUUUCAGCUUGCUCAACUAAGGCAGCAAAGAAGUCUAAAUGAGCUUCCAAACUCAACACUUCUUCUGACCAUACUUAGUCAGUAUACUCCUCCAAAGACUGUAUCUGCAAAAUGGAUUGAAAUAUUUUCCUGGGCUUCUCUAUGUAUUUUACAGCUCUCUAUGUUUUAUUGCUUUCUUUGUGUGAGGACGAACCUUGCUGUUAUGUGAAAUGUUGAUCUACCCAGAACUAAUAUAAUAUGAUAGUUAGAGUCACAAACAAUCUCUAAUACUGUUGAUCAAAAUCUGCAAGAUCUCUAAAUGAAAUCUCUUUACUUUUACUCAAGCCGCAGUGAACUUCAAGUGUCCCUUAAAAAGACUUUUAAAAAAAUAAACUAGUGACACCUGUAGCUGCAUAAAUUUCUAUUUUUACAAAAGAAAGUACCUGCCUGUGUUGUGGGAGAUGUUUCAAAAAGGGGAGUUUGUCACUGUUGGAAUAGUCCUUUUUUUAUGUAACGGUGUUAUACGUGUUUCCUUUAUGUACUGAGUUAAAAAGAAAUCAAACAAACCAACUCCAGUAUGUGGUUCCCCUCUCUCCCCAACAGGAUGCUUCACAUUUACUUCUCCCUCAUUUUCCCCCCAUAUUUGUCUAACAGCAUUUAAAGUCUUAAUUUUCUAGCUGUUUCUGCCUCUUGCUGUCCAGAUCUCUCUUGACUGACCCUCUCAUCUCUUUUUGCUGUGUGCAUUAGCCCCACUUCUACAAGUUCUGCUUUUUAUUCCUCCUUCCUUCAGCCAUUUCCUCCUUGUGCCCUUGAAGUCCACCUUGAUUCUUGCUUUUUCUCUCUUUCUGGGUACUCUGCAAGAUUCCCAUCUGAGUCACUAGAGCAGCUCUCCUCUGAAGGCCAGCAGAGGCAGGAUGGUCACUGUGAGCCCCAUUAGCACCCACACUUCAGAAGCACUGCCAUCAGUGAGUAACUGCAAUUAUCUGACUCAGCGGGUCUCGGAAGGAAACCCUUCUCUGAUCUAUGUGAAAAACGUGGAGGCAAAAAUAAAGUAACACAAUUUCCACCAUUGUGUUAGCCUCUUAGAAAAAGAUUACAAAUUGGAAAUACUUACACAAUAAUUAUACCUGAAUUAGCUGGCAAGAAACACCCAACCCUGUGGAUUUUAGUUAAAUAAUUUUAGAUGUUGUAGCUUUUUGCUGUAUCUGCCACAGAGCUCACACGGAGUGAUCUAGAUCCUUGGUGUCAUGUUUCUCAUGUAAAUGAAUUGUUUCCAAUAGAUUAUAGCUACGUAAUCCUGCUAUGAACAGAUACUAAUAGAACCAAAGUAAAAAUCUGUGCCAUUCUACCAUUUGUGUUAAUGCAGACGUAAAAGGGAGAAAGGCUUCUGUUUGGUCUUAGUUAAUAUUUGUAGAGCUGAUAGUGAAAAAAAAAAAAAAAAAAAGAAA